AUGUCGGAGGAGAAGUUGAGGGAGGCGAGAGCAGAGUCGGCCGCCAACAGCGCCGCUGUCACGGAUGGCGCCGAGACGAAGCUGGUCGUGCCUCGCAGCUUGGAGGCAGCGUCGAAGAAGCAUCCGCUAAACACGUCGUGGACCUUGUGGUACGACUCUAUUUCCACGUACGACAGUGAGCGGUGGGAGCUGUCCCUGGUGGAGGUGAUGACGGUACGUACCGUGGAGGAGUUCUUUACGAUGCUGCACUACUGCAAGCCGCCGCACGUGCUUCGCGUGUCGGCCCAGUACCACUUCUUCCGUGAGGGUGUGAAGCCGAUGUGGGAGGAUCCGAGGAACAAGGCCGGCGGGAAACUGUGGAUUAGCCUGGACGACAAGACAGUUGGCGAUGCCGGAAAGAAGUGGGAAAAUGCCACCACGGCGGCGGCGGCGGCAGGUGGAGAGAAGGACGGCACAAGCGUCGGCACCAACAACAGCGGUAGUAAUCACGGCGCCAAGGUCAAGAAGGACGAGCAUGAGGCGGAGAAGAAGCCGGAGUUGGACGCAAUGUGGGAGAAUUUGCUGAUGGCCAUGGUGGGGGAGUACCUCGACCCGGAGCCGGACGGGGAGCACAUCAUGGGGUUGGUCUUGUCCAGGCGCAAGUACCACAACCGCAUUGCCCUUUGGCUGCGUGACGCCUCCGCCAGCGAGGCGGUUGCCAGGAUCGAGAAGAGGCUAGUGAAGGAGGCCGGCCUGCCGCCGUCGGUGAAGCUGAUCUUCACUCCCCACAGCACCGGGAAGAUGUAA